CAAGCAGUCAACAUACUAACGUUAGUAAUUUCGCACCCGGCCCACCACACACGUAUAUAUACCGGGUGAAGAGGUAUUUUGACCUGUGGAUGGGUAGCGGAAUGCAGAGUUGUCGUUAAAAAAAACGAAUUUACUGGACUAAACUCGGAGGAAUGCUUUAAAUAGGAUUUUAAACUAACGCUAACCCGUAGGCUCGGUCCAGCCCGGUACUGGUCCGUCUUUCUGACCGUCGGUGGUGGUGACUCACGGAGCUCGGGCCGUUCACGGAGCAUUAGUGACCGGCGGUCGGAUACAUCAACCGAAGGACCGACAGGAUUUCAGCAUGAAGUUCAAACCGAACCAGACGCGAACGUACGACCGGGAGGGAUUCAAGCGGCGGGCGGCGUGCCUGUGCUUCAAGAACGAACGGGAGGAUGAGGUGUUGUUGGUCAGCAGCAGCAGAAACCCGGAUCAGUGGAUCGUUCCCGGAGGAGGAAUGGAGCCGGAGGAGGAGCCGUGUGGAGCCGCGGUUCGGGAGGUCUUUGAGGAGGCUGGUGUGAAGGGUAAAUUAGGACGUUUGCUCGGCGUGUUUGAGCAGAACCAGGACCGGAAACACCGGACGUAUGUGUAUGUGCUGACGGUCACGGAGACGCUGGAUGACUGGGAGGACUCGGUCAAUAUCGGCCGUAAGCGGGAGUGGUUCCCCGUCGAUGAGGCCAUCAAGGUUCUGCAGAGCCACAAACCCGUUCACGCCGAGUACCUGAGACGGCUUCGGAUCAACCGCCCGUCCACGAACAACGGGAACCUCCUCCUCCCACAAACAUCUCCCAGCAGCCUCACACCACUGUUCAGCGCUCCGGCAUCAGCUGCCCGCAGAUAGGACACACACACACACACACACCAGCACGUCUACACCAAACCACCAUUCCCUGGAGACAGCGCCCCUCAGGAACCUUUGGGAUGUUCUUUAGUGGGACAGACCAGUCGUUACUGAGGCUUUGUGGGAUUUUUAGUGAACAAUGCCUUAAUUUUUUUUGGAAACUGUUACUAAUUGGUUUUAGUUCAUGAUUAACCAGCUUCACAAAGCAGUUACAUGGAAGAAGUGCACUUCCAUUUCCCCUCGAGAGCUCGGCAUUCUGGGAUUGUGAUGUAGGGAAUGUCAGUUUCAUUCGUGUCAGCGGCGUGUUAGCGGCACGUUAGCGCCGGCACGACCCUUUAAAACGAGCCCUUUAAACGCCCCUCCACUGCUGCUCCGGCUUAGGAGAUUCUGGGGUUAUUCGUUGUGACACAGGGUCGUAAUCUGGGCACACUUACUCAUUUUAUGGUUGUAUUAAAAAAAGAAACGUUUGUAAAUAUACUAAAAGACUGAAAAUGACAAAUAAUGUAUCAUGGUUUUUAACUCAAAUGCAAAUGUAUUCAUCUUUUCUGCUCUUAACUAUUUGUAUAAGGUCGUUCUUUAGGUGACUUUGAAAAAAAAACAAACUAAAACCUGAACUGUGAAUUUUGUGGGAGGAAAGAAGCGUUAAUGGGUAAAUCUCACGCAAACGGGUCAUAUUUCACUACAAAAUAAAAAAAAA